CUUUGACAGCUAUGAGGAAGUUGAGUUACUUCUCUUUGUGUAGACUAACUGACGAGAUAUUGUUUAUUUUUGAAGGAGAUGAAUGUCGCACACAAUGCACAAGACAUUUCUUGUUUCACAGAGUUGCCAAACAGUAGAUAAUUACGUAUCUAAAAAGGACACUGGGCAAACAUGCAGUUCACAACCAUUUCUCAAACCAAAAUUAAGCUUACAUAAGGUGCUUACUCUACUUGACCAUGUGUUAAAGAAGUACAAAUGCUUCCAGUUGAAAGAUGUAUCCUCUUUGGAUGAGUCCAAAGUUAUCCUUGCAGGGCUCGCUACUGAUCUGAAUGGAGUGAGAAAGGUCACACAGUCUGAAAUGAAAGGCAACAUUGCUGGGGAAAUCCAGAACUCAGAAUGGCAGUCCCUUGCUAAAUCAAAAGUUAAGAUCACACUGGACCCAAAGACGGCGAACCCCAUCCUCAGAUUAUCUGAUGACCGUAAACGAGUGAGGUCGUUCAACUUUGAGGAGAGCAAAGAAAACCAACAUGCAUGGUCUCAGAGAACUCCUCAUAAGUAUGACGGCUGGUUUUGCAUCCAGGGAGCAGAGAGUUUCAGUUCAGGUCAGCACUACUGGGAGGUAGAUGUAAGGAGGAUCUGUGAUUGGAGGAUAGGUGUAGUGAAGGAAUCGGCCCCCAAACAUGGCUUUGCCAAGCUCACCACGUCCACGGGCUACUGGACACUCCGUCUACAGCUAGGCAGUCUUGUUGCCCUUACCGACCCCGUCACCAAGUUAAACCAAUCAAGCCCCACCAGAGUAGGAGUUUACCUGGACAUGGAGGGCAAACAGGUCAGGUUCUUUGAUGUACAGAAGAAGAAAAGGCGACACAUUUACACAUUCCAUGCUGAUUUCGGUAACUCUGAGAAGAUUUACCCAGUGUUUGGAACAGUGGACACAAAGAGAGAGUUGGUCAUUUGUUAGAGGUAGAAAAGGCUUUAGGAGUUAAAAUGGCAGGGUGAUUAUUUUAGUCAUCUAUACUGCCUGUGGCCUCUAUCAGUAAGCAAAUGUAACUCUUACUACUUUUUAAAAUGCUAGUCAAUGUCUGCAGUGUAAUGCUAGUUGAAUCGUUUUGUUUACUCAUGGCAACAGUUGAUAUGGACGGAAAACUGCCGAACCGGCUUUUGAUUGGUGGAAACGCGACGAACUGUACAAAUGUUGGUUCGUGAACGGCGGAAAAGUCUGUCGGCGGAAAAGGCAUACCCACCGUCUCUCAUGCCAAGAUAGCAAGUCCUAGUGAUGGACUGUGCAGCUGUGAUUGCAGGGAGAUGAGGAUGAGGAGUGAUGGGUGAAAAAAGAAAUCAGGUUUAGUAUCGAUAUUACUGUAAUCGUUGGACCGUAUGAUAGUAUCUUUCCUGGGCCGUAUGAUAGAGUUCUUUCCUUGUAAAAAAAUAAAAACAUGUUUCAUUGUACAGUAUGUUCUUCUAUUGUAUGUAAUGGUAUCAUUUUGACUACUUUUAAUAAAGAUUUCAUGUCUUUUUUUUUUAACUAGA